AUGAGCGUUGAAAUCGUUGACGGCCCGACCGUGGCGGCUUUCGUCGACGACGACUCGGGGGCGUUCGAGAAGUGGGCGGCGGAGAAGUUCCAGGCGCUGGACGCCGACGGCGACGGCGUCCUCUCACGCGCCGACCUCGAGAGGGGGACCCAGGCGGAGUUCGAGCUGCAGUCGAGGGACGAGAUCGCGGGGAUCUACGACGUGCUGUUCGCCGAGUUCGACGCGGAUCGGAGCGGGACGAUCGACCCGGCCGAGUUCCUAGCGCUGGCGAGGGAGGUCACUCUCGCCAAGGCGCGUGGGAUCGGGAACUCGCCCGUCUGCGUUAUUCUGCAGGAGGACAGCCUGCUCAUGAGGGCGGUGCAACGCGCGAGGAACCCCUGA